AUGAAGGUCAAGAUUCAUCAAGAGGCGGCAAAUAAACACACGGACCUGGUCACCUGUGUCGGCUGGACCAGCAACAACGAGUUGUUUUCAUGCGGCGACGAUCAACAAAUGCUGCGCUGGUCUGGCGAUGGAGAGCAUCUCGGCGCCGUUCCCAUCGCGCUGUUCAGCAAGUCCAAGACGCUCGCUGCUGCUCAAAAAGCAGGUCCAAGCCCCGAGGCCCAGGGUAGUCUCUACUUUACCGAUAUCCAGUGGUUCCCAGUUGCUCCGUCAAAGGGAUCGUCGAUCGGGGCAGAUCUGUUUGUGGCCGCCGGCACCGAUGGCAAAUUCCACUUGUGUACCAAGGCCGGCCGAGUCGAGAAGAGCGUCGAGGCCCACCGAGGCGCCCUUUUGUCACUGAAGUGGAAUUAUGAAGGGUCGGCAUUGGUUACAGCCGGAGAAGAUGGCCAGAUCAAAAUCUACUCCAGGAGCGGCAUGCUGCGGUCGGUUUUGGUUCAAAUCGGAUAUCCUGUCUACUCUAUUGCCUGGUCGCCCGACAACGACCAGAUACUCUUCACCAACGGUCGCAAUCUCAUCAUCAAGCCCAUCCAGCCGUCCAACAAGCCCAACCAGUGGAAAGCGCACGACGGCGUGAUCCUCAAGGUCGACUGGAGCCGGGUCAGCAACUUGAUCGUGUCUGGAGGCGAGGAUCGAAAGUACAAGGUUUGGGACACAUACGGGCGUCAGAUCUACUCCUCCACUCAGCAAGACCACCCAACCACCUCUGUAUCCUGGGCACCCUCUGGCGAGAUGUUUGCCGUCGGCUCCUUCAACACCCUGAGAAUAUGCGAUAAACUGGGGUGGUCCUAUACACUCGCCAAGCCCAAGAGUGGCUCGAUUUACAACAUCGCAUGGACUCCCGACGGCACCCAGCUGGCCGGAGGCGGUGGAUCCGGCGCGGUUGUGUUUGCAAACCUCGUCAACAGGAAGCUCGAGUGGAAGAACCUGGAGGUCCUGAUCCUGGACGAUCACAAGAUCCGAGUCAACGACGUCGUCAACGGCACGAACGAAAAUCUCGAGUUCCGGGAUCGCGUCAUCCAGGCAUCGAUUGGGUUCCAGCAUUUGAUCGUGGCAACAUCAUCACAGUGCUAUGUCUACAGCGAGAAGAACUGGAACACGCCGAUGAUUGUGGAUCUGUCGAACAACGGCCGAGUGAUUUGCAUCCAGCAGAUAUCCAACAGCUACUUUUUGAUUGUCGACAACUUUGCGGGCAUCCAGAUCUACUCGUACGACGCGCGGUUCGUAAGCUCGCCAAAGUACCCUGGGCUGCGUGCCGAGUUUAUCACGCGCCAGACCAUUUCGCUAUCGAACGACGUGCUGGCGAUCACAGACAGAACAGAUCAGAAAUGCAUCUAUUUGUUCGACGUCGUGUCGGGGCGAGCCAUAGGAGACGGUCCACUGCGACACCAAACCGAGGUGCUGGAGAUAGGAAUGAACCAGAGUGCCUCGGCCGGCGUUGGAAGACAACUCGUUCUCGUGGACAAGAAUCGCGACAUGCAUAUUACGAUUGUGAUGAGACCCAGCUUCAAAAAGAUCGGAACGAUGGUGGAGACGUUCAUCUGGAAUGACGAAAUUGACAUUCUCGCUGCGAUCGUGGACAGCAAGCUUGUGGUGUGGUACUAUCCGAACAUUGUGUUUGUGGACGAGGAUAUUUCGCUGAUGACUCGUUAUGAGCGCGACGGAAGUCACUUUGGAAAGAACGCACAAUUCACUGGAUUCUGGGGUACAAUGUGCACGCUGCGAAAGGCAGAUGGCGCUUCGGUCUCGGUGAGCAACAUUUCGCCGUUUCCGGGCAUGCUUCAAGACCAGACCCGGCGCAAGCAAUGGGAGGAAGCGAUUCGGCUCUGUAGAUUUGCAAAGAUGAACGAGCUGUGGGCGUGCCUCGCUGGCAUGGCUGUCCACGCGCAGGAGCUCAACACUGCCGAAGUGGCAUAUGCCAGUAUCGACGAGGCCGCCAAGGUGCAGUUCGUGUGCUAUGUCAAGAGUAUCCCGACGCCCGAGGGAAGGGCCGCCGAGCUGGCGCUGCUGCGCCGUCAGCCCAAGGAAUCCGAGGCGAUCCUGCUUUCUGCAUCGCUCAUCUAUCGCGCGAUCCAGAUGUGGAUCACGCUGUUUAAUUGGGACAGGGCGCUUGAGAUCGCAGUCAAGUACAAGACGCACGUCGAUACGGUGCUGUACUUCCGAGACCGGUAUCUGAAGGCCAUGGGGCGCAAGGAAGCGAACAAGCGGUUCUUGCAGUACGCCGAAGGAGUGACGGUGGACUAUGAGAAGAUCAAGGCCAAGGUUGCGAUGGAGGAGGAGUCGGAGAAGCAGCGCAAGAACGUCAAGCCCUACAACUGAGCCGACACCGGGCGCCGCAACAGGAGUGGUGGAAAAUACGAACGUGUGUGUGGUCUGCACGAGGCGUGUGCUCGAGUGGAGAGGACGACGGAACGACGCUGGAUGGACGGUAUUCGGGAGGGGAGCGGAUCGCGACGGAAGGGCUCCGGGCGGACAUGCACAAGCAACAGAGAGGCAAUACACAUGGGCAGAUACCCUCCCUGCUGGCGAGGCGACGGCUGCGGGAUAGGACAUGGUGGCUGCCUGGCAGGGUACUUGCCCAUCAGGUGAUUGAUGAUCUGCACACGGCCAGGCAGCCCAGCAGAGGGCGGUUUUUCAUGGCCGCACUGGCUGUUUGGCAUGGCCGCCAGGCCGACAUGUCAUGCGGCCAAAGGGGGUCGCAGCACAGGCCUCGUGGCAGAGGCCAGCGGCCGGUGGGGGAAAUCGGGACAGGCGAUUGGGGCGGGCCGCUGAUUGGGCGGCUGGCUGGCUGGGGCGGUUCCGA